CGAUCAAAAGAUGAAACGAAUUAUGUUCAUUUCCUUGCUUGUACUUAAGUUAUAAAUUUCCUUUGCUCGUCAUAUUACCUUGAUAUUAUUUACGCUAUUUCUGUACUACUAUGGAUUCAAUCUCUAAAGAAUUUUCAAAAGUUGAAAAAAAGCAACAGGAAGUAGCUGAUUCAACGAUCGACAACAUCGAUAAAAUUAUUAAUGAAAUUCAAGAAGCUCAAAAGCGUUUAGAAACCGAUCCUGUGAGCGCUGGUGCUAUUUUAAAAGAACUGGAACUGAAGUUCAAAGAACUUACAACGAAAACUUUAGAAUCUCACAAAGAAUUACAGAAAGUAAUAAUACGUUAUGAGAAAAUAGUAGACAAGAAAUGGAAGAAUGACAUUACAAUUGCAAGCAAUCCAGAAGUUUUCGCUAAUAAAGAAAAGGUUCUCAAUACAACAGUGGCCUUACACUUUAUACGUGAAGGCAGGUUUGAAUUGGCAAACACAUUCAUAAGGGAAGCACAAUUAGAUAUUCCUAAUACAAUACAAACACAAUUUCACGAAAUGUAUCAAAUUCUGGGAGAUAUAAAACUUGAAAAGUUAGAACCUGCUAUAGAGUGGGCCAGGACAAAGAGCAAAGAGCUUGAAAAAAGAGGUAGCACGUUGGAAUUUGAGCUUCAUCGACAGCGUUAUGUUCAACUCCUAAUUGAUAAUCGACGAGAAGAAGCAUUAGUGUAUGCCAAAAAGAAAUUUCCUCUCUUCCAUUCCCGUCAUAUUUUUGAUAUAAAGCGGUUGAUGUGUGCUUUGGCUUUUUCAAAUCGUUUAUCAACAUCGCCAUAUAAAGAUCUGUUGUCGCCCGAUUUGUGGAUUGAAUUACAGAAUAAGUUCAUGCGUGAUUUUUGUAAUCUGUUAGGAAUGUCAAGUGAGAGCCCCCUAUAUAUUAGUGUAACAGUAGGUGCAACUGCUUUACCUACAAUCUUAAAAAUGGCUACAAUUAUGAAAGAGAAGAAGAAUGAAUGGAGUCAACAAGAUGAAUUACCAGUAGAAGUCCCUUUACCCGAUUAUAUGCGUUAUCAUUCAAUCUUUGCGUGUCCAGUUUCUAAAGAGCAGUCAACAGAGAAAAACCCUCCAAUGAUGUUGCCCUGCGGACAUGUGAUUUGUCAUGAGUCUCUUAACAAAUUGAGUAGAGGCAAUAGUUUUCAGCCGUUUUAAAUGUCCAUAUUGUCCGCAUGAAAGCAUAGCAAAUCAAGCAUUACGCAUUUAUUUCUAAUUUCUAAUUUCACUUAGAGAAAGACUAGUUAUUUUUUUUUCAAUUGUGAUAUA